AUGCCUAUUUCCCCAGCGGAUAUGCCAUAUCCAACACGUCUCACAUCUGAACCACCGAAUGAUUUAGUGGAAAAAGUUGUACGUCGUCUGCAAACGACCGGGGAACUGAUGCGUCUGACCGCCUACAUUCCCGGGCGACUGUCUGAGCUAGGAUGGUGCGAGAGGGUUUUGGACAUGGCACGUGAAUACCUCAGAAAUCACAGCGCAAGCGGACCGGGGGUUAAAACAGGUGCUCCGGCUGGCUCCAACGAACUACCGGAGCCGCAAGAUGUUCCCAUACAGCAGAUGGUCGAGGCGUUAACUCCGCAAGCCAAAAUUAUGAUUCCGAAUGAGCUGUUCAAAGAGUUGCGAAGUCGUAUUGUUGACUUUAUUCACGAACAAGACAUUGACUGGUGA